CACUACCUAUGACGACUAAUAAAGGCGCGGGUGCUGUCAAUUUCUUUGUCGCUACUUGAUGUUCUUUUGGGUAGUGGAACAAUGCGUGUUUUUCUUUAGUCAGUUAUUGAUAUUUACAAGAUAGAAGAAAGAAUCAUGUCCAAUUCAAACGUGUGGUUAACUAGUCGGGAAAGAAUGAGGCGCUUUCCAGAGCUGCUGGCAGUUUGUGCGAAGGAGGCUGCCGUUUAUGGAAAGUGUGUUGCCAGUUCAGGCGAGUAUGAAUUAAAAAAGGACGCCUGUGGCAGGGAGUUUCAAGCUCUGAAGAGAUGUUUUAUAGAAGCGGCUAAGAAAAUAAAAUAAACCUGGCAGCCCUUACCAGAGUUCCAUGGGAUCUUUAAAUUAAUUGGAAGAUGGAAGACAUCAGGUUACGGCCGUCUCUGCCAUGUUUAUAGCAACAGGGAGAUGAUGUCCACCUAAACGUAUGUGUGCAGGUAUAAUGGGUGCAAUAUGACCUGAAAACGCAGAUUCUAACUUACAGACAGACACGGAGCCAAAGGCAAAGAAAGGAUUUGAUUUAAACAUCAAGAAAACUGGACAGGUGAAAUAUUCAAUGGUGACUUAGAAAGAACACGCUCGAUAUAUCAUACAUCCAAAAGACGUUUUAAAACAUUGAGAUGAUUCAGAAUGCAAUGAACAUAUACAGAUUUAUAUUAAAUUUAUUU